AUGACCAAACUAGUGAAGAAGUUGAAGCAAAUGGCGAAGAAGCGCUCUCAUCGCAAAACCGUUCAAAAGAGGAAGUUUGAACGUAGCCAACGACAAGCCGAAGACGCGAAGCGUAAGCCAAACGAUCCGUUCGAGAUGGAGGGCGAUCUUGACAUGGACCGAAUAACCCAACCGCACGCCGCCCUUUCCAUGGAUCAAAAUGGGAGCGCGAGCGGUGCGAUCGAUUUCCAGAACCCUCAAGGGCCUAUCCCCACGAGCGACUCGCCAUCGCUGGGACCGAAGCUUCUGGGGGGCAUUGUGGUGGAAGCCCCCGUGCGGAAACGCACGAAGCAACUCACCCGAAAGCAGAUUAAGCGGAAGGCCAAGAUGGUGGCGCACGGCGAGGCGGUCCAACACGCGUUAGAAAAGAAAUGGUCUCAUAAGAAAAUGCGCGUUAAGCUUCGGGCGCAGAUUCGAAAUCAGGAUCUUCACAAUUGA